AUGACUGAACGAGUGAACCGUAAUCUGAAACCUAUGAUUGCCCAAUAUACUCAAGGUGGACCUCAAUCAUGGGAUAAAGAAAUACAGAAACUUGCGUUUGCUUUACGCACAUCUGUUAACGAAACCACAGGGGAAACUCCAGCAUUUCUCAAUCUCGGUCGCGAUCCCAAAUUACCUAUCGAUAUCUUAACCGACACCACACCUACAGGACCACCCUUGCCACCUACAACAACAGCCAUUGUAAAUUAUAGGUCCCAGUUAGUGCAGAACCUUCAGUAUGCUCAUCGGGUACCCUAUGAUCAUUCUGAAGUAGCGAAAGCUCACCAGAAACGUCAGUAUGAUAAACAUACUACCAACAAAACGUUUCAUACGGGACAAUUAGUAUGGGUUGCCAUAGCACAAGGUCAGCUCGCUGGUAAAUGGCAUGCGGGAAAACUUAAUCCGCGUUGGCAAGGGCCCUGCCGUAUUCCCCGUCAGUUUGCACCUUCCUCAUUUAGCGUUAGAAGAUUAACUGAUGGAUGUGACCUAGGCACGGCUAACUCGGAGCGUUUAAAAUCCUAUUACGAACCGCUUGAUAGCUCGAGCAUCCCGAUGAUCACAUUGCCCGAUAAUUCUUCACUUACUACUUCAGCAUCUAUACCGCCGUUGAUGUCUCUUCCUGUCAGUUCUGUCCCAAUUACAGACUUGCGAAGAUCCAAACGAAUAAUCAAGUCGAUCAAGCGGGACGGAAUGGUUAAUGAAAUUCUUUCAUAA